CACGCCAACGCGGUCAAAGCUCAGGCGACCGAGUACGUGCAGAAAAAACAGGCCCGCAAGCUGAUGACCCGAUCGGUGACCGGAUCUCUGGCCCAGGCCCAGCAGCUCAUCGACAUCGUCGACGUGAAGUUUUUUUCGACCGCGAAAGCGGGCACGUUUUUCGCGAGGGAUAACGUCAGCAAUUUCAUCCACUGGUGUCGGCAGUCGCUGAAGAUAAUCGAGUGCCUACUUUUCGAAACGGACGACCUAAUUUUACGCAAGAACGAGAAACACGUGAUUUUGUGCCUUUUGGAGGUGGCGAGACGGGGUGCCAGGUUCGGCAUGCUGGCGCCGAUGCUGAUCCAGAUGGAGCGGCAGAUCGAUAGGGAGAUCGCGGCCGAUCAGCGGAAGAUGGGUUUGAGUAUGGACCUGUCGGAGGGUCUCGAAAGUCAGGACGGCGAUUUGGACGACGAGAGCGACAGUGAGAUCGAGGACGAGCAACCCGUGCUGAUGUACGGGCCGUUGCCGCAGAUUGUCACUAACGAUCUGAAGAGCCUGGAUGAAAUGGUUCGCGAUUUGGUCGAAAAAUGCACGUGUCCAACGCAGUUUCCCAUGAUCCGGGUUUCGGAGGGAAAAUAUCGAAUCGGCGACACCAAGGUGCUCAUUUUCGUUCGAAUUUUGCGGAGCCAUGUCAUGGUGAGAGUUGGCGGUGGUUGGGACACGUUGGCGCACUACCUGGACAAGCAUGAUCCGUGCAGGUGCCGCUCGCAGCAUCGAACCACCCAAGGCGCGCGUCUUAUCAACAAGCCCGGCGCGGCCGAUCUGCAGGGCGCGCACGUUUACUACGAUAGAUCGCCACCAAGAGUUCCCCAGCACAACCUCAACGGUUACGCGACGAAUGCGGUCAGGGAAUAUCUGGGACCGCCGACGAAUUCGCUAAACCGCUCGCGCUCCCGCUCGCCCUCCCACCUCUCCCGUCGCUCGGUUUCCCCAAACUUGCCACGCAAAACCUUGGCACCGCCACUAAGCUCCAAUCGCUCCCGCAGCCCGACGCCCAACUUCGUCUCGACCCACUCGACGAAGCUGUCCAAUGCGAAAACGCAAUCGCCGAAGCACGGAAAACCUCACCAAAUUUCCGCCCUCCAAAUCGAUCCAAAGCUCACGAUGAAAUCCGAGGCGACCCUGCAGGUGUCCGAAAGCUCGACCGAUCAUAGCGAUAACGCGUCCGAGGUUUCCGACGAGGGCUACCGAAGCCUGGGUUUGAUCCAAACCGAGAAGAAUAAGAACAGGAUCUCGCUUUAUAGUCAAAAUUCGGUUGAAGAUGUAGACGAAUCAGAGCAUCAGGAUAUAUUAGACUAUGAAGAUGACACUAACGACGCCGGUCUGCGACGCACCCAAUUCUCGCACAUCUACAAGGAGAGCCCCGAAAAAGGAAAACUGACCAAACAGAGGUCUUUAGAGACGCCUAGAUCGCGCGCGAGCAGCAAGGAACGCGCCCCUCCCGAGAUGAUCCCCAAGUUAAUCCCAAAAUGCAACGUCAACACCUGGAGCGGUCGCCAGAAGAGCGCCCGUCCGUCCCUCACGCUCGACACCUUCAGCCCGCCGCCUCUCAAGCGAAACUCCCCGACGCGACGCAGCGCCACGACGAUCUACGCGCCGCGUCGCUCCUCCCUAUCGGCUGCGACCUCUCCCACCAAAGGAAGACUGAAAGACGAACUCCUCGAGGCCGUCAAGAACAACAACGACGACAUCAGCAUCGCGGAGCAAGUGAAGAAGCUGCUGAAGAAGUACAGCAGCCUCACCGUCCUCGACACGAACAACAAGAUCGCCGAUCCGGUAACCACCCGAAGUCCUAGGAAAGACUCGAAACCCGACAACAUGAUAUCCAGAAUACCAGCCCCGAUUUCGCACAAAGCUUGAGCUGCCUUCAACCCCCUCUACAACUUGUGGUGCUAUUUUGAAUAGGAUUCUUGCCCUUGUCUUCUCAACGGAACCAACAACGGUGUGAUAUUUUGUAGGACAGGGUACGUUCGCAUCACUUUCGGAUCUGCAAAUAAUUUCGUUUCGGUGCUAUCUCUUAGUUUUUGAGAAUUUUUAGAGUAGAUGUUACGUUUGAGAAAUUGUUCUAAUAUUGUUAGUACUGCUGAAGAAGGUGAUGCAGCUCAAUCUUGUAGUUGUAUUAAAGAAAUUAUAUUUUGUAAACAUUCCAAUUUUUAUAGCGUUAUAGAGACACAAUGUUUUGUACAAUCGAUGUGUGCUGUAAGGGCUUUUCGCCUGUAGUUACCAACUGCAAACACAUUUUAGUUUUUUUUUUAUUACGUGUACAUAAAACACUUAUUUAUCGAUUUUUAACAGCAAUCAAUGCACAAAACCUUUUAAACAUACCUUAACGGUUGAAGAGUUCGCCCUCUGUUGUUCUUAAAAGGUACUAAUUUUAUUUAAUAUUAGUUACUGUAUUAACUUUUAUUAAACAUAAUAAACACUAUGCUAUUUAUUUCAUAGAUGAAAAUUA